UUUCUUAUCAACAAUAAAAUAGUUGUUCUAAUUACGGGAAUCAAGAUCCACACAUGCAUUUAUUGAGUUGGCCAGUUUCCAAUUUGAUUCCUCUAGAUCCUACAACUAUGCUGUCAAUCCACAUUCUGUUUUUAAUAAUUUAACCAAAUCUUCAUUAUAGGCUUAAUUAAUUACUUGAGUAUAUAAUCUUUUCGAGAGUAGAACGAAAUGUUUGUUAAAAUCUUUAGCUUUCAGUAAACCUUUGCUAUAAAAAAGCCUUCUCUUCUCUCUUUAUGUGGUAUUUCUUCACCAGUCUCUCAAUCAUCUUCUUUGCUAACAAGACUAUACUCGAGUGAUUCUCUGUCCCCGUAAGUAAGUUCUCCUAGUUUUUAUUAUUUCCUUUUUUAGUUUACAGCUUUCCGUCGAGUUUUAACUCUUCUAUACGGUUGAUUAUUUUAAGAGACUCUUAUUUUAAAUACAGGAUUAUGAUCUAUCUAGAUUUUACAGCCUAAACUUCUUGCACAAGAAGAAUAUAUUGUGAGUAAUCUAUUGGAAUUUAAAAAAAAAAAACAAAGGAAAGACGCAGCAAUGAGAGAAGAAAAUGAUUAUGGAGCAGAACCAAGGGAGAGAACGUUGGGUCUAACACCAACUUGGUCCGUUGCUACAGUUUUGACUGUCUUUGUAGUUGUUUCUUUGAUUGUUGAGCGUUCCAUUCAUCGGCUUAGUAACUGGUUGCGGAAAACAAAGAGGAAACCUUUGUUUGCUGCAUUAGAGAAAAUGAAAGAAGAGCUGAUGCUGCUCGGAUUCAUAUCUCUUCUUCUUACAGCUAUCUCUAGCACAAUAGCUAACAUAUGCGUUUCUUCAAGUUUCUACGACAACAGAUUUGUCCCAUGUUCCCGGUCUGAGAUCAUUGAGGAACAUGAUAGUACUAUUUCAUCUGUCAAACGGACUCGGUUGACGAGAUCUCCUUUCUUCCACAUCUUGAGGAGAAGAUUGGUUGGCAUUGGCGAGACUACUUGCAGUGAGGGACAUGAGCCAUUUGUUUCAUAUGAAGGCAUGGAACAAUUGCAUCGCUUCAUAUUUAUAAUGGCAGUCACACAUGUAACUUACAGCUGCUUGACUAUGCUCCUUGCAAUCGUGAAGAUUCAUAGAUGGAGGAUCUGGGAAGACGAGGCUCAGAUGGAUCGAAAUGAUUGCUUAACAGGUGAGCACAUAGUGUUAUCUACUCCUUUCAGAUUAGCACAAAAGAUUCCUACUCUAUUAUAACUAAAACCAAGAUUUUGACCCGCGCGGGUAUUUUUGGGUUGAUUGUUUUAUAAAAUUUGAAUGAAUUUAUAACUAUUUAUUAAAUAUCUAUACUAUUAAAAAGUGUUCCAAUCAAUCACCGGCAAUUUUGGUCCAUUGUCUCCAUGAGUGGAGGACUUUGACCUAUACGCGCCAAGCAGUCUUGUGUGGUUUGAGGUCUUUCAAGAAGGUCAUCGGCUUAUUAUUAACCAUGUUUUUGGAAUCGUUUUUUUGCUGGCUUUUUUCGGGUGUUUUAGUUUUGAUAAAGUUAAUGGUUAAAGGAUAUCGAGUUAGUCAGUAUUUAUAAUAGGAGAGGUUUGUAGACGACGUAAGUUAAGAGAAGUUAUGAUAUAAUAUUUUGUAAUCAAUGUAGAUUACCAAAAAUUUUGGUAGAAAAUAUAAAUAGAAUCGAUUAUAUAUUUUGGUUGAUAGAAAUAAAGGUACUUGGCCUUAAUAAAUAAACUUGUAGACCAAGUAAUUUAAUUUUUAAGUAUUUUUUGGUUAGAUAAUAGUACAGUAGAACAUCUAUAAAAUAAUCGAUAAAUUAAUAAUCUCUAUAAAUUAAUAAAUUUUACCGUCCCAACUUGGGUCAGUUCAAAAUUUGACACAAA